AUGACCGGCAGAUUAUUCAAAUAUGGUUAUUCAAUAUUCUGCAGUACGUUGUCACUGUAUUAUUCGCAGUACAUCAGCCAAUUAUCGAUUAGCAGUGUGUCGUCGCCGCAGCCCACAAACGAAUCGUUAAUGAUUCGUGCACGAGAAUCACCACCAAAAGGACUUGUGGAAAAACGUUUAGCACAAUUUACACAAGUCGAACAAUCAGCAUCGGCAGAUGAGAUUUCGCGGACAACCCCGCGAUCUCGUUCAGUGCCUAUUUCAGCUGUGUUGCUGAAUGCGCAACGGCCGCAAUCACGUCCGCCACGGGAUGAGAUAAAAAGCCCGACACGUCAAGUGCAAAUCGACAUGGUUCGCUAUGACUUUCGGGCACCAGCUGAUCUGUUGCGCAGGACUCCUGACGAUCCCAUAGGCAGCGAAUGUGGUGAGGCGACGACUACUACGGAACGAUUAAGCGAUGGUGAAACGCGGAUGGUCAGAGUGAUUCGUGAAAUUGGAGAACGAGGCCGACACUUCACACAACCCGUGUCACGUGCAGCCGUUCGCGCUGCUGCCCAUUCAAUUAGUCGGGGUUUUCCCAUCGUUACCGUGAAUGUAACGGAUCCAAAAUCGUCCAGGAGGAGGACGAUUAGCGAUUUCCCACAGCCAGUAGUGGUUGAGGUUCGCGAUGACAAAUCUUCUCGCACAACGGCAAUUCCAGUGGUUCGAUCUGCAAACACCUCUCCUUCAACUAGCCACGGUCCAAGACGGACCACCAGUCGAGCUGUUCAAAUCGAGAAGUACGACUCGCGGACCCUUACCAUUCCCCCUCCCCGACAAGAUCGACGAGUAGAGACAUGCCCCAUCCCUGAACAAGAAGAAGAACUUACCCAGGAGCUUUCCCCACCACCACCGAUGUGGUCACCGAGACAAGAGGAACUACUGCAACCACCUGAUCCGGGAAUCACCCGAUGGGAAAAUAUAGACUCCGAAAGUGAGAUUAGUAUCAAGGAAAGAGAGCUAGCUAUCGCUAAGGAUACGAUCAAAAGGCUUUCAUUUGAUCUGGCUCGAUUGGAAAGCGAAAAACAACAACUUGAGAUCGAAACGAGUUUGCAACGACAGAAGUCGGAAGCUGCUCUGGCUAGUCGAGUUGCUGAUGCAAUUACACAACUUCGCAGUAGCAGCACAGAACCAGAAACGCGGUCGGGAGAGAAGAAACGUCCUACGUCCCCGAAAUUCGAUCCGCUGGCUAUAAAAGAGGAAUGUGAACGUAUGAUGGAAGAACUUCGUCAGGAAGGUGGUGAUGUUCUUCACGAAGACGAGCUCGUCAAUGCCAGUGAAGUGGAUCGUGAAAUCGAACGUCUAAAACGCGAGGUAAGCGCCAAAAGCAAUCACUCUGUCAUGCGUACAGAGCUUGACAAGAAGAAGGCAAAUAAUAUGCCCGAUUCACACAGUAUCGCGUCGACGUCCGGUGAAGAUGAUGAUGGUGGUAGCGACAGCUCACAGAUCAUUUCCUUGCGGGACCAGGUAGUGAUGUACAGUGCUAAUGGUAACAAUAACAACGGAUCCGACAAAACCUCGCUAAUCAAUCGAUUAGAGCGCGAACUGACCGAUGCACAAACUUGUAAUCUCCGACUUAAUCAGAAGAUCGGUAGUCUCGUCUCGAGCGGUAAUGCAACUUUGAAGAAGGAAAUUCUUGAACUGAAGAAAGAUCUAAAAGAGCGCACAAACGAGAUCGAUGCAUUGAAAAAGAAGCUGCAGAAGGCCGACAAGGACCGGCAACAAUGGGAGACGCAGAAGAGACAACUGGAAUCGAAACUUCCAGUGGACGUCCAAUUAUUGAUGGCACAAAAGCGAGAGUUGACGAUGCAGUUGGAUAGGGAACAAAAUGAGAAGCACGAGCUUUUCCUGCAGAUUAACUCGAUGAUUGCUCAACUAGCAGAUACACAACCAGCUGGUGAAGUAGAAAAAUUGAAAUCAGAAAAUAAAGAGCUUCAACGAAGAGUGGAAGAACUUGAGAGCUCCUCAGCCAAGGAAAGCAGUCGUCUGGAAGCUGAUCUACAAAAGGCCCGGCAUGAAAGCGAAGUGGCGAAACAUCAGAAUGAACGGGAGAAGCGACAGAUGCAGAUGGAAAUUGAAGAAACGAAAAAAGAGUUGCACAUGAAGGCUGCUGCUCUACAAUCGUUGAUGCUAGCUACACAGGACUCAAGUAAAACCGAUCGUUUGAAAGAAGAAAAUGAGGAGAUGGCAAAGUUGUUGGAAGAAACCGAAGCAGCAUUGGUACAGUCAAGGCGGGAACUAGAAGCGAAGAAGGAGGAAAUUGUUCAAUUGCGGAAACGUUCCAGGUCUUCGGAGGAAAGCUCGAUAUCCUCCAAACAGCUGGAAGAAUUCGAGAAAAAGCUUCAUGAAGCGGAGAAGGUCCUGAAAGAACAAGUCGCUUCAAAGGAAACCCUCAUGAAAAACUGUGAACGACUGAUCGCUGAGAAGAAGGUAGACGAAGAGAAACUUAGUGAUAUGGAGUCAAAGUAUGAUGAGGCUCAGAGGACCAUCGCUGAUCUGAAGGACGAUAUCGGCCGCUUGGAGAAGGAAGCGCAAGAGGAAGCAUCUCGAAAUAAGCGAUGGGAGUUCGAGCGAGAUGAGGAGGUGAAGACGCUUACGGAGCGAUUGAAGACGCUUGAGGUCACUCUGAAGGAGAAGGAUUCCAAGCUGGAUGCCAUCCGGGUGCAGCUUUUGGCAGCCGAGUCCCGAGCGGAACAAGCCGAUGCAGAUUUGAAAGCUAAGGAGCAGGUGGUUAUCAAAACUGACCGACGAGUUCAGCAACUUCAAGCGCAGUUGGAUGCUAAGGGUGGCGUAGACGAGGAGGUCAACCUUCUUCGAGCUGAGCUGAAGAAAGCAGAAGAGCGGCAUGAUGACGUCGUUGCUAAGUUGCACAAAGCCGAAGCGGCUAUAGCGGAGGCCACCAAGAAUGCAAAGAAAGAACUGGAAGAACUCAACAAAAAGCUGGAAGAGGCUAGUGAAAGCGAGACAGAUGCUGAAGAGAAGAUCUUGAAACUACAGCAGCAACUGCAGCUGUCGAAGAAUGAGCUUGUGGUCACUAAAGAGGCAGUAACGAAGCUUGAAAAGCAACUGGCCGAUUUGCAAAUUGAAAAGAAAAAGUUGGAGUCCAAAGCUUCUGUAGCUGAUGAGAUCAACACCCUGAUGAGUUCAUUGUCAGCGGUGCGAGCGGAGAAUGGGCAAUUCCAAGAGGAGAUUCGUGUACUCCACAGCCAGCUGGAAGAAGUCCGAGAUGAACUGGAACGAGCGCUGGAAGAAAGCGAUGAAUGGAAGACGCGAGCUGAAAUAGCCGAAAAAGAGCGGAGCAUGAUGGAGGCUGAGAUGAGUAGAGAGCAUGAAAAGAUCGUUGCCCUGACCAGCUCCGAAGAAUCACGAUCUGCACAUGAAGCUGAACUUGCGUCCAGCACAUCCCAGCUGAAGUCAGAGAAUUCCAAACUCCAGGAAGAAACCAAAGGUUUGCGCGCGGAGCUGCAGAAAGUGCAGGAUCAGAAGAAAGCAGCUGAAGAAGAAUCGAUGAGGAAGUUGCGAGAGUUGACGGAGAAAUGUGAGGCUAUUCAGAAGGAGGCAGCAAGCAGCAAAUCUAGAGUUGGAGUAUUGGAAGAAGAACAACUUCGAAUGCAGAACUCAGCCGAUCAAGAAAAGCAGCAUCUAAUCGAUAAUGCAGAUAAGCAAAAGAGAAAAGUGGAAGAACUUCAAGAAGAAGUUGCUGAGCUUAAAGAAAAGCUCAAGCAUUCUGAAGAUGCUUCGACGGCUGAAGCUGAGCGAUACAGCGCUGCUUGUGCGCGAUUGGCUGAGGUAGAACGGGAAUACGAAGAGAUGAAAUUGACGCUGAAAAACACGCAAGGACUAUCAAAACAAUCCUCAGAGAAGCUGCAAGAAUCCGAGAAUUUUGCCUUACGAAUAAAACAACAGCUGGAAGAAUUGGAGCGCGAAAAAAACGCUAAGAUACAGGAAAUGGCUGCUGAGCAUAAGGCUCAUCGAGAAAGGCUAGAACAACACAUAGAAAAUAUGGAGAAAGCUAGACAAGAUCAAAUAGAAGAGCUAGAAAGGCAGCGACAUGAGAUGGAAGAAAUCUACCGUAAAAGGCUGGAGGAUGCUGAGAAGAAGCUCGAUGAAGCUAAGGAGGUGCACAGAAACCAAUCAGCUCUAUUGGAAGUCGCUAUGAAGGAGAAAGAAAGCGCUCCAAAGCGAGAACUUGAACGAAUGCAAAAGGCUAAAGAGGAGUUCGAAGAGCUGCAUAAGGAACAGGAGGAGAAAUUGAACAGGAAGAUCAACGAUCUCGAGGCUCGUCUAACCCAAACAGCGAAGGACAAUGCUGUAAUGGUUGCUAGCCUUCAAGACAUGUCUGCGCUGCUAGAAAAUGAGGCGAAGAAACGUGAAGAACUCAGUGAGGAACGGAAAAAAUGGAUGGAACAGUUGAAUGAAAAGGAAAGAGAGUUGGAAGAAGCCAGAAGCAGCUCAGAAGGAGAGGAGAAGAUCAAUCGUCUCGCUGCUGAGAAUGUUCGCUUAGCAAGUGAGAUAUUGAAGGCACACUCACAAGCUGAGAAAACUCUCCAAACGGAAAAAGAUCUCAUCACCAAACAGUUUGCUGACAAACUGAAAACUGCCCAAGCUGAAAGGGACAAACUAGCCAGCGACAUGGAAGCACUACGGGCUAAAAUGCGGGUAAUGGAGUCACGAAUUGAAGAUCAAAGGUCAUCUAUUGAACAAGCUGAAAGGAUAAGAAAAGAAGAAGUAGCAGCUGUUGAAGCCGAACUUGAUGCCGUCCGAAAGGAGAAAGUGAAGUUGAAAGAAGACAUGGAAAAUCUUCGCAGUAAUAACAAUGGGAAUCCGAUUCCACCACCGAGAAGAACCAUUUCGAAUAUGUCCACCUACACCUAUAACACCAAUACGGACUUCAGUGAGAUUGAAGAUGUACAUCGACUGAGGAGCGAGAUCGACAAACAGAAACGACUAAUCAUCGUGUUGCGACGGAAACUGCAAGGACUCCAAUGAUCCGCGAUGCCAUGUGUCAUCUCGCCAUCCAUACCGUAAUCAUACAGUAAUCCACGGUAAUCACUGUCACGCAGCCUCAAGAAGCAUCAUUUUUGCUGAUACUCAGCCAGGCACAGACAUAUUUUCUUUUUACGUCCUUCACCUUUAUCAGCUUCACUUCACUUUUCUAGAUUUUCAUCAGCUUUUCAUUUCUCAUAUUUCCUACUUUUCCCAAUUUUUCUACUUUUGAUGAUCCCGGAUUCUAGUGUGUCUUCUCGUCUUGCCAUCGCAAAUUGCACAUGGUGCGCUCAAUAUGUGUGUUUUUGUAUGUUCUAGGUCUAGCAGAGUAUCGA